GUGCCAGCAUAUCUUGGAAGUGCUUGGUGCCUACACUGAAACAUGAAUUUGACCACAGCCCAGGGAAUAUUAUGCUUUCAUCAGCCUUUCACCUACAUGUACUUCCCCAUGAGGUUUGCCAUACAUUCUCAUUGCAUUUUUAAAAGGAAGGAUUGACUAAUAAUCUAUUGUUUUGCAUUUGGAACUGGCACUGACAACAACUGUCAAGACGGCACACAAGUUUCCAGCAUACAGAUAUUAUUAAUUGGAUCAUUGGAUCAAAGGGAUUUAAAUUGGCUUUUGUUUUUCUCCAUUUUAUGAAGACUGCAUGCAAACAUGCUGAGCUUGGUCAUAAUCAUGCUUUAGAGGUUACAAGAACGUGAGUCCCUGUAGAACAGCCAUCAUGGGUCCCACUCAGCUUGUCACACAGAACCAUGGGAAGAAGACGACUGUUUUUAACAUGGAGGAAAAGGUAUUUGCACUUUUCCAGAGCUCAGAGAUUCCCUCUGAGCCUAUAGAAAACCCUCCCCUGAAAAGGAAAAAGGGGCCAGCUCCUAAGAUGCUUGGAAAUGAGGUGUGCAGUGUAUGUGGGGACAAAGCCUCAGGCUUCCAUUACAACGUCCUGAGUUGCGAGGGCUGCAAAGGUUUUUUCCGACGCAGCAUCAUCAAAGGGGCCCAGUAUAUCUGCAAGAACAGUGGCAGAUGUGAGAUGGAUAUGUACAUGCGACGGAAAUGUCAGGAGUGCCGGUUGCACAAGUGCUAUGAAGCAGGCAUGCAAGAGCAAUGUGUUCUCUCUGAAGAGCAGAUCCAGUUGAAGAAACUUAAGAAGCGAGAAGAUGAUCAAGCCCGGAUGAUAGCUGUGCGACAGAACCCACCAUCUCCUCUAAGCACCCUUCCCAAAAUGACACCAGAGCAGCUUGUUAUGAUAGAAAAGCUUGUUGCAGCUCAACAGCAGUGUAAUCAGCGGUCUUUCACAGAUAGGCUCAAAGUGACGCCCUGGCCUCAGAUUUCAGAUCCUCUUCAUCGUGAAGCACGUCAACAGCGCUUUGCUCAUUUCACGGAACUUGCCAUCAUUUCUGUGCAGGAAAUUGUGGACUUUGCAAAACAGUUGCCAGGUUUCUUGGAACUCACUAGAGAAGACCAAAUUGCUCUUUUGAAGACUUCUACAAUAGAAGUAAUGCUGUUGGAGACAUCUAGGCGCUACAAUCCAGAAACAGAAAGCAUAACUUUUUUGAAAGAUUUGAGUUACAAUCGGGACGAUUUUUCCAAGGCUGGCCUACAAAUUGAGUUUAUUAAUCCCAUUUUUGGAUUUUCAAAGAGCAUGAAUGAACUACAGCUCAGUGAUGCUGAGUAUGCACUUUUAAUUGCCAUCAGCAUUUUUUCUCCAGAUCGGCCAAAUGUUCAAGAUCAAUCCCUGGUAGAAAAGCUUCAGCAUACCUAUGUAGAAGCCCUUCACUCAUACAUUUGUAUUCACAGACCAAAUGAUCAUCUAAUGUUCCCACGGAUGUUAAUGAAACUGGUCAGUCUUCGGACUUUAAGUAGUGUUCAUUCUGAACAAGUGUUUGCUCUUCGGCUACAGGACAAAAAGCUGCCACCACUUCUUUCAGAGAUCUGGGAUGUCAAUGAAUGAGUAUACUGUCUAAGGGCAGUGAGCUAUUACAUCGGUUACCUUUUGCCAAUAAGAGCUAUUCUCCUUUAUCAAAAGCACUGAAGCAAUGCAGAAGACUGUGAUUUCUUUGAUCUGAUGGAAUAUAUAUAGAAAACAAAUGAGAUGGAUUAUAUGAUGUUUUAGUCAUUAUUUUUCAGAAUUGGAACUGAAAUGCCUCAACAUGGAAGAGAAGAAGAAUCCAUCCUAAUAAUUUUCCAGGAGCUUUUUCUUUACUCCUUUUUUUCCUAUUUAAUUUCAAGGCCGCCAUCCAGACUUAUAGAAUCUUCUUGGGAGUUUCAGAGGCAAGGUUCCUUGUAUAUCCUUUUUGGGUUUUUUUGGUCUUCUGGGCUGAAUGUAGCUAAAACAUGUUGACAUUCAAAACAAUGAACAGAGACCUGGAUAGACUGUGGACAUAUGUGACAGGUGCCAUUUUGUGGACUUUUUAGAAGUGACUCUUUGAAUUGGAAGGAUAGCUAUACAGUACUACAGAAAUCUCCUAGGACCUUUUGUAAUAUUUCUGCCCUAGGAUCUUUUCUAAUAUUUCUGCCCUCCACCCUCUCAUCAAGAAAUAUAGCCAUUACUAAUAUAUGUACAAUAACUAGGAAGACAUGAUCAGUUACCUGAUUCUGUUAUAUGAAACUCCUUUGAAUAUGGAGAGGUAAUGCAACCCAGUGUGUUGUCUA